CUUCCCUUCACUGGGUCCUGGCAGUCAUUAGGUCGACCUGGUUGUCCUCAUUAUUAGCUUGAAAUAUGGAUAUGGUCACCCAAGAUUAUGAUCAAGAAACGGUUCUUGAAUUUCGCAAACACUGCCGCUAUCAGCUCGAUUUCUUCAAGGAUAGACUUUGCCGGCUGCAGACCGACCAUAUUGACGCACACGAUGCCGAAAACGUGGGCAUUCAACACCGCUCCAUGUGUUUAGAAACUUAAACAAAGCCUCUGUAUUUUUUUGGUUCGGUCAAAGAGGAGGAAUGCUGGUUCCCGCCCGAUGAGGAGGAUUCAGAGUAUCCUACCUAUAAUCCCAAGUCGGAGGACCGACUGAACACGAUGGGACUCCAAUAUCAUUUGAAUAGGUACCUCGGUAGCGCAUGGCCAGCGGACGAAAACAAGCUUCCGAAUUUUGUACACAAAGAAAGGUCAGAUCUCCGCCUGAAGGGCCUAUACGAACUUCCCAGUGUCCACGACCACUCGUGGCGGACGUCUCUCACCCAUGUUGCGCGGUCCGCCGAAGAAAGCAAACCAUCGCCGCCUCACUUCAAACGUCUUGUGAGAAGCGAGGUUGCGGGGGAUGAGCGGCUUCUUCGGGGUGAACUCAUCACCAUCAUCAAUUCGAUGAUCAACCGGCUGAGCUUCAAGUCUACUCUGCCUCAUAAAGUAGCUCCGGUGAUACUGUAUUCCCUCAUGUAUCCCCAACAACUUCGAGUCCUGGAGGCCUAUUUCGAUGGCCAAAAUCUUGUUGUCAGCUCGACCAAACUGUAUGACAUGCGAAAUGAGGAUACAGAGAGCUUGAAAUGGUUCCUGCAAUGGUGGUUGGGCCCUCCCGUUGGUGACACCAAGUCAAUACCUGUUUCCUGCCAGCUUUUGUGUUCUUGGGAUGACGAAUUAUGUGGGCGUUUACUUUUACUAUGAAUUGAG